GCUAGUUUUAUAAGCUUAAUUGAGCUAUUCACUACGAAGUUUAUAAAAUUAAUUUAGCUAUUCACUACGAAGUUUAUAAGAUUAAUUUAGCUAUUCACUACGAAGUUUAUAAGAUUAAUUGAGCUAUUCACUACGAAGUUUAUAAGAUUAAUUUAGCUAUUCACUACGAAGUUUAUAAGAUUAAUUUAGCUAUUCACUACGAAGUUUUAUAAGCUUAAUUUAGCUAUUCACUACGAAGUUUAUAAGAUUAAUUUAGCUAUUCACUACGAAGUUUUAUAAGCUUAAUUUAGCUAUUCACUACGAAGUUUAAAAUGUCUAGAAUAGAACUAUUACGGUCGUUUUUCAACCAGAGAUGAACAGCUGCUGCCGAAGAGAUAUUCCGGGUCGUGGAGAAAACGAUAGCAGAGUAUCAGGACGAGAUGUCCCGCUCGGAAGAGAGGAACAGCCGUCUACAGAAGCUGCUCGAUAUCACUAUUAAAACCAGAAAUAAAGUUGUAUAGAGCAGACACCCAGCUGCAGCAGCUCCCAGCCUGUGGAGAACAGGUUCCCUCUGAGCAGGAGGAGUGGAUCCACAGUCUGGGCCAGGAGGAUCCACAGUCUGGGGCAGGAGGUACCACAGUCUGGGCCAGGAGGAUCCACAGCCCGUACACAUUAAAGAGGAACAGCAGGAACUCUGGACCAGUCUGGGGGAAGGUCAGGAGUCUGACACCACAGAGUUCAUAUUCACUUCCGCUUGUGUGCAAAGUGACUGUAAUCAGGACCCACCUCAGCCCUCACAUCUCUACCAGACCCAGAGUACCAGCACCUCAUACGAACAGUUGAAAAGAGGAACUAGAGAGGACCGUCAACUAUUAGAGACACCCAGUGCUUCUCAGCCCGUCUCUGCAGUGAAGUCGAUCCAUCCUAGUUCUCCCUCUAAGAGUCGCUGUGGGGUGUGUGGGGAAACAGGUUGAGUUAGAGGCUCUAAAAGAUCACGUUCAAGCUCACAUCGAUGCUCAGUUUACUUGUCAGUUCUGCAGUAAAUGUUUCACUAAGAUUAAUGCUCUGAGGUUACACAUGAGGAGCCACACGGGGGAGAAACCCUACCGGUGUUCUGUCUGCGGGUUCGCAGGAGCAACCAAUCUAACCAAUCACAUGAGGAUCCACACAGGGGAGAAACCCUACCGCUGUACUGAGUGCGGAAGGUGUUUCUCUGUCCUGGGUCAUCUCCAGACACACAUGAGGAGCCACACGGGGGAGAAACCCUACCGGUGUUCUGUCUGCGGGUUCGCAGGAGCAACCAAUCUAACCAAUCACAUGAGGAUCCACACAGGGUAUAAACCCCACCGGUGUACUGAGUGUGGAAGGUGUUUCUCUGUCCUGGGUCAUCUCCAGACACACAUGAGGAGCCACACGGGGGAGAAACCCUACCGGUGUUCUGUCUGCGGGUUCGCAGGAGCAACCAAUCUAACCAAUCACAUGAGGAUCCACACAGGGUAUAAACCCCACCGCUGUACUGAGUGCGGAAGGUGUUUCUCUGUCCUGGGUCAUCUCCAGACACACAUGAGGAGCCACACGGGGGAGAAACCCUACCGGUGUUCUGUCUGCGGGUUCGCAGGAGCAACCAAUCUAACCAAUCACAUGAGGAUCCACACAGGGGAGAAACCCCACCGCUGUACUGAGUGCGGAAGGUGUUUCUCUGUCCUGGGUCAUCUCCAGACACACAUGAGGAGCCACACGGGGGAGAAACCCUACCGGUGUUCUGUCUGUGGUAAAGGGUUUAGUGUGAGCUGCAACCUGACGCAGCACAUGAUGAUACACACAGGGGAGAGACCUUACCACUGUCCCGACUGUCAGAAAGGAUUCAUCACCAUGGUCCGGCUGAGGAGACAUCAGAUCGCCGUUCACACGCAGGGAGAAAUGUUCUUCUGUAAAUGAGCAACAGCUGUAAAAGCAUGCAGGCCUUGAAACGCACAGUAGAGUACACAGAGAGAGACAGUAGAGUACACAGAGAGACAGUAGAGUACACAGAGAGAGAGACAGUAGAGUACACAGAGAGAGAGACAGUAGAGUACACAGAGAGAGAGACAGUAGAGUACACAGAGAGAGACACAGUAGAGUACACAGAGAGAGACACAGUAGAGUACACAGAGAGAGACAGUAGAGUACACAGAGAGAGACAGUAAAGUACACAGAGAGAGAGACACAGAGAGAGACACAGUAGAGUACACAGAGAGAGACAGCGAUGACAUGAUGAGCCCUGACACAGAGACACAGAGAGACAGAGAUGACAUGAUGAGCCCUGACGUAAAGACACAGAGAGAGACAGCGAUGACAUGAUGAGCCCUGACACAGAGAGACAGAGAUGACAUGAUGAGCCCUGACACAGAGACACAGAGAGACAGCGAUGACAUGAUGAGCCCUGACACAGAGACACAGAGAGACAGCGAUGACAUGAUGAGCCCUGACGUAAAGACACAGAGAGACAGCGAUGACAUGAUGAGCCCUGACGUAAAGACACAGAGAGACAGCGAUGACAUGAUGAGCCCUGACACAGAGACACAGAGAGAGACAGCGAUGACAUGAGCCCUGACACAGAGACACAGAGAGACAGAGAUGACAUGAUGAGCCCUGACGUAAGACACAGAGAGAGACAGCGAUGACAUGAUGAGCCCUGACACAGAGACAUAGAGAGACAGCGAUGACAUGAUGAGCCCUGACACAGAGACACAGAGAGACAGCGAUGACAUGAUGAGCCCUGACACAGAGAGACAGCGAUGACAUGAUGAGCCCUGACACAGAGACACAGAGAGACAGCGAUGACAUGAUGAGCCCUGACGUAAGACACAGAGAGACAGCGAUGACAUGAUGAGCCCUGACACAGAGAGACAGCGAUGACAUGAUGAGCCCUGACACAGAGACACAGAGAGACAGCGAUGACAUGAUGAGCCCUGACACAGAGAGACAGCGAUGACAUGAUGAGCCCUGACGUAAAGACACAGAGAGACAGCGAUGACAUGAUGAGCCCUGACGUAAAGACACAGAGAGACAGCGAUGACAUGAUGAGCCCUGACGUAAAGACACAGAGAGACAGCGAUGACAUGAUGAGCCCUGACGUAAAGACACAGAGAGACAGCGAUGACAUGAUGAGCCCUGACGUAAAGACACAGAGAGACAGCGAUGACAUGAUGAGCCCUGACGUAAAGACACAGAGAGACAGCGAUGACAUGAUGAGCCCUGACACAGAGAGACAGCGAUGACAUGAUGAGCCCUGACGUAAAGACACAGAGAGACAGCGAUGACAUGAUGAGCCCUGACGUAAAGACACAGAGAGACAGCGAUGACAUGAUGAGCCCUGACGUAAAGACACAGAGAGACAGCGAUGACAUGAUGAGCCCUGACGUAAAGACACAGAGAGACAGCGAUGACAUGAUGAGCCCUGACGUAAAGACACAGAGAGACAGCGAUGACAUGAUGAGCCCUGACGUAAAGACACAGAGAGACAGCGAUGACAUGAUGAGCCCUGACACAGAGAGACAGCGAUGACAUGACGAGCCCUGACGUAAGACACAGAGAGAGACAGCGAUGACAUGAUGAGCCCUGACGUAAAGACACAGAGAGACAGCGAUGACAUGAUGAGCCCUGACACAGAGAGACAGCGAUGACAUGAUGAGCCCUGACACAGAGAGACAGCGAUGACAUGAUGAGCCCUGACGUAAAGACACAGAGAGACAGCGAUGACAUGAUGAGCCCUGACGUAAAGACACAGAGAGACAGCGAUGACAUGAUGAGCCCUGACGUAAAGACACAGAGAGAGACAGCGAUGACAUGAUGAGCCCUGACACAAAGACACAGAGAGACAGCGAUGACAUGAUGAGCCCUGACGUAAGACACAGAGAGAGACAGCGAUGACAUGAUGAGCCCUGACGUAAAGACACAGAGAGACAGGGAUGACAUGAUGAGCCCUGACACAGAGAGAGAGCGAUGACAUGAUGAGCCCUGACGUAAGACACAGAGAGAGACAGCGAUGACAUGAUGAGCCCUGACACAGAGAGACAGCGAUGACAUGAUGAGCCCUGACGUAAGACACAGAGAGACAGCGAUGACAUGAUGAGCCCUGACACAGAGACAGCGAUGACAUGAUGAGCCCUGACACAGAGAGACAGCGAUGACAUGAUGAGCCCUGACACAGAGACAGCGAUGACAUGAUGAGCCCUGACACAGAGAGACAGCGAUGACAUGAUGAGCCCUGACGUAAAGACACAGAGAGACAGCGAUGACAUGAUGAGCCCUGACACAGAGACAGCGAUGACAUGAUGAGCCCUGACGUAAAGACACAGAGAGACAGCGAUGACAUGAUGAGCCCUGACGUAAAGACACAGAGAGACAGCGAUGACAUGAUGAGCCCUGACGUAAAGACACAGUGAGACAGCGAUGACAUGAUGAGCCCUGACGUAAGACACAGAGAGACAGCGAUGACAUGAUGAGCCCUGACGUAAAGACACAGAGAGACAGCGAUGACAUGAUGAGCCCUGACGUAAGACACAGAGAAACAGCGAUGACAUGAUGAGCCCUGACGUAAGACACAGAGAGACAGCGAUGACAUGAUGAGCCCUGACGUAAAGACACAGAGAGACAGCGAUGACAUGAUGAGCCCUGACGUAAGACACAGAGAGACAGCGAUGACAUGAUGAGCCCUGACGUAAGACACAGAGAGACAGCGAUGACAUGAUGAGCCCUGACACAGAGAGACAGCGAUGACAUGAUGAGCCCUGACGUAAAGACACAGAGAGACAGCGAUGACAUGAUGAGCCCUGACACAGAGACACAGAGAGAGACAGCGAUGACAUGAGCCCUGACACAGAGACACAGAGAGACAGAGAUGACAUGAUGAGCCCUGACGUAAGACACAGAGAGAGACAGCGAUGACAUGAUGAGCCCUGACACAGAGAGAGACAGCGAUGACAUGAUGAGCCCUGACACAGAGACACAGAGAGACAGCGAUGACAUGAUGAGCCCUGACACAGAGACACAGAGAGACAGCGAUGACAUGAUGAGCCCUGACACAGAGAGACAGCGAUGACAUGAUGAGCCCUGACGUAAGACACAGAGAGACAGCGAUGACAUGAUGAGCCCUGACACAGAGAGACAGCGAUGACAUGAUGAGCCCUGACACAGAGACACAGAGAGAGAGACAGCGAUGACAUGAUGAGCCCUGACGUAAGACACAGAGAGAGACAGCGAUGACAUGAUGAGCCCUGACACAGAGACACAGAGAGACAGCGAUGACAUGAUGAGCCCUGACACAGAGAGACAGCGAUGACAUGAUGAGCCCUGACGUAAAGACACAGAGAGACAGCGAUGACAUGAUGAGCCCUGACGUAAAGACACAGAGAGACAGCGAUGACAUGAUGAGCCCUGACGUAAAGACACAGAGAGACAGCGAUGACAUGAUGAGCCCUGACGUAAAGACACAGAGAGACAGCGAUGACAUGAUGAGCCCUGACACAGAGAGACAGCGAUGACAUGAUGAGCCCUGACGUAAAGACACAGAGAGACAGCGAUGACAUGAUGAGCCCUGACGUAAAGACACAGAGAGACAGCGAUGACAUGAUGAGCCCUGACGUAAAGACACAGAGAGACAGCGAUGACAUGAUGAGCCCUGACACAGAGAGACAGCGAUGACAUGACGAGCCCUGACGUAAGACACAGAGAGACAGCGAUGACAUGAUGAGCCCUGACGUAAAGACACAGAGAGACAGCGAUGACAUGAUGAGCCCUGACACAGAGAGACAGCGAUGACAUGAUGAGCCCUGACGCAGAGAGACAGCGAUGACAUGAUGAGCCCUGACGUAAGACACAGAGAGACAGCGAUGACAUGAUGAGCCCUGACGUAAAGACACAGAGAGACAGCGAUGACAUGAUGAGCCCUGACACAGAGAGACAGCGAUGACAUGAUGAGCCCUGACACAGAGAGACAGCGAUGACAUGAUGAGCCCUGACGUAAAGACACAGAGAGACAGCGAUGACAUGAUGAGCCCUGACGUAAAGACACAGAGAGAGACAGCGAUGACAUGAUGAGCCCUGACACAGAGACACAGAGAGACAGCGAUGACAUGAUGAGCCCUGACGUAAGACACAGAGAGAGACAGCGAUGACAUGAUGAGCCCUGACGUAAAGACACAGAGAGACAGGGAUGACAUGAUGAGCCCUGACACAGAGAGAGAGCGAUGACAUGAUGAGCCCUGACGUAAGACACAGAGAGAGACAGCGAUGACAUGAUGAGCCCUGACACAGAGAGACAGCGAUGACAUGAUGAGCCCUGACGUAAGACACAGAGAGACAGCGAUGACAUGAUGAGCCCUGACACAGAGACAUCGAUGACAUGAUGAGCCCUGACACAGAGAGACAGCGAUGACAUGAUGAGCCCUGACACAGAGACAGCGAUGACAUGAUGAGCCCUGACACAGAGAGACAGCGAUGACAUGAUGAGCCCUGACGUAAAGACACAGAGAGACAGCGAUGACAUGAUGAGCCCUGACACAGAGACAGCGAUGACAUGAUGAGCCCUGACGUAAAGACACAGAGAGACAGCGAUGACAUGAUGAGCCCUGACGUAAAGACACAGAGAGACAGCGAUGACAUGAUGAGCCCUGACGUAAAGACACAGUGAGACAGCGAUGACAUGAUGAGCCCUGACGUAAGACACAGAGAGACAGCGAUGACAUGAUGAGCCCUGACGUAAAGACACAGAGAGACAGCGAUGACAUGAUGAGCCCUGACGUAAGACACAGAGAAACAGCGAUGACAUGAUGAGCCCUGACGUAAAGACACAGAGAGACAGCGAUGACAUGAUGAGCCCUGACGUAAGACACAGAGAGACAGCGAUGACAUGAUGAGCCCUGACGUAAAGACACAGAGAGACAGCGAUGACAUGAUGAGCCCUGACGUAAGACACAGAGAGACAGCGAUGACAUGAUGAGCCCUGACGUAAAGACACAGAGAGACAGCGAUGACAUGAUGAGCCCUGACGUAAGACACAGAGAGACAGCGAUGACAUGAUGAGCCCUGACGUAAGACACAGAGAGACAGCGAUGACAUGAUGAGCCCUGACACAGAGAGACAGCGAUGACAUGAUGAGCCCUGACACAGAGAGACAGUGAUGACAUAAUGAGCCCUGACACAGAGACACAGAGAGACAGCGAUGACAUGAUGAGCCCUGACGUAAGACACAGAGAGACAGCGAUGACAUGAUGAGCCCUGACGUAAGAUACAGAGAGACAGCGAUGACAUGAUGAGCCCUGACGUAAGACACAGAGAGACAGCGAUGACAUGAUGAGCCCUGACGUAAGACACAGAGAGACAGCGAUGACAUGAUGAGUCCUGACGUAAGACACAGAGAGACAGCGAUGACAUGAUGAGCCCUGACGUAAAGACACAGAGAGACAGCGAUGACAUGAUGAGCCCUGACGUAAGACACAGAGAGACAGCGAUGACAUGACGAGCCCUGACGUAAGACACAGAGAGACUGCGAUGACAUGACGAGCCCUGACACAGAGAGACAGCGAUGACAUGAUGAGCCCUGACGUAAGACACAGAGAGACAGCGAUGACAUGAUGAGCCCUGACGUAAGACACAGAGAGACAGCGAUGACAUGAUGAGUCCUGACGUAAGACACAGAGAGACAGCGAUGACAUGAUGAGCCCUGACGUAAGACACAGAGAGACAGCGAUGACAUGAUGAGCCCUGACGUAAGACACAGAGAGACAGCGAUGACAUGAUGAGCCCUGACGUAAGACACAGAGAGACAGCGAUGACAUGAUGAGCCCUGACACAGAGACACAGAGAGACAGCGAUGACAUGAUGAGUCCUGACGUAAGACACAGAGAGACAGCGAUGACAUGAUGAGCCCUGACGUAAGACACAGAGAGACAGCGAUGACAUGAUGAGCCCUGACACAGAGAGACAGAGAUGACAUGAUGAGCCCUGACACAGAGAGACAGCGAUGACAUGAUGAGCCAUGACAUAAAGACACAGAGAGACAGCGAUGACAUGAUGAGCCCUGACGUAAGACACAGAGAGACAGCGAUGACAUGAUGAGCCCUGACACAGAGAGACAGCGAUGACAUGAUGAGCCCUGACACAGAGAGACAGCGAUGACAUGAUGAGCCCUGACACAGAGAGACAGCGAUGACAUGAUGAGCCCUGACGUAAGACACAGAGAGACAGCGAUGACAUGAUGAGCCCUGACGUAAAGACACAGAGAGACAGCGAUGACAUAAGACACAGAGAGACAGCGAUGACAUGAUGAGCCCUGAUGUAAGACACAGAGAGACAGCGAUGACAUGAUGAGCCCUGACGUAAAGACACAGAGAGACAGCGAUGACAUGAUGAGCCCUGACACAGAGAGACAGCGAUGACAUGAUGAGCCCUGACACAGAGAGACAGCGAUGACAUGAUGAGCCCUGACACAGAGAGACAGCGAUGACAUGAUGAGCCCUGACGUAAGACACAGAGAGACAGCGAUGACAUGAUGAGCCCUGACGUAAGACACAGAGAGAGACAGCGAUGACAUGAUGAGCCCUGACGUAAGACACAGAGAGACAGCGAUGACAUGAUGAGCCCUGACGUAAGACACAGAGAGACAGCGAUGACAUGAUGAGCCCUGAUGUAAGACACAGAGAGACAGCGAUGACAUGAUGAGCCCUGAUGUAAGACACAGAGAGACAGCAAUGACAUGAUGAGCCCUGACGUAAAGACACAGAGAGACAGCGAUGACGUAAGACACAGAGAGAGACUAGCUUCCACCUGUAAGAGGAGACUUCUUGGUGAAUAAGACAUGACUGAACAGCUGGACUUCAGAUUUAACAGAGAAGUUGGUGGACCGUAUCUUCUGAGCAACAGAAGUCCCUGAUCAUUAGUUAGAACAGUUGGUUCUCAGACUGUUUGGGGCCUGGGACCCCUUCUGUGUGAGUAAAUUCAUCAGGGACAUCAGAACACAACUAGAGUGAGAUAGAAAAUAGCAUACAAGGGAUUUUACUGUGACUUUGGCAGUGCAUUGUGGGACAAACCAAGUCACCCGGGAAGGAACAUUUUAAAAUGCAUCACAGAAAGAAAUGAGCAGUUUUCAAGCUAAUUUCCAUGUACUGUCAUCUGUUGUUGGGAGUAAAACAUAUUGUUCAUGUACUGUCUGUCAUCUGUUGUUGGGAGUAAAACAUCUUGUUCAUAUACUGUCAUCUGUUGUUGGGAGUAAAACAUCUUGUUCAUGUACUGUCAUCUGUUGUUGAGAGUAAAACAUCUUGUUCAUGUACUGUCAUCUGUUGUUGGGAGUAAAACAUCUUGUUCAUAUACUGUCUGUCAUCUGUUGUUGGGAGUAAAACAUCUUGUUCAUAUACUGUCUGUCAUCUGUUGUUGGGAGUAAAACAUCUUGUUCAUAUACUGUCUGUCAUCUGUUGUUGAGAGUAAAACAUCUUGUUCAUGUACUGUCUGUCAUCUGUUGUUGAGAGUAAAACAUCUUGUUCAUGUACUGUCAUCUGUUGUUGGGAGUAAAACAUCUUGUUCAUAUACUGUCUGUCAUCUGUUGUUGGGAGUAAAACAUCUUGUUCAUGUACUGUCUGUCAUCUGUUGUUGAGAGUAAAACAUCUUGUUCAUGUACUGUCAUCUGUUGUUGGGAGUAAAACAUCUUGUUCAUGUACUGUCAUCUGUUGUUGGGAGUAAAACAUCUUGUUCAUAUACUGUCUGUCAUCUGUUGUUGAGAGUAAAACAUCUUGUUCAUGUACUGUCUGUCAUCUGUUGUUGAGAGUAAAACAUCUUGUUCAUAUACUGUCUGUCAUCUGUUGUUGGGAGUAAAACAUAUUGUUCAUGUACUGUCUGUCAUCUGUUGUUGAGAGUAAAACAUCUUGUUCAUGUACUGUCAUCUGUUGUUGAGAGUAAAACAUCUUGUUCAUAUACUGUCUGUCAUCUGUUGUUGGGAGUAAAACAUCUUGUUCAUGUACUGUCAUCUGUUGUUGGGAGUAAAACAUCUUGUUCAUAUACUGUCUGUCAUCUGUUGUUGGGAGUAAAACAUCUUGUUCAUGUACUGUCUGUCAUCUGUUGUUGAGAGUAAAACAUCUUGUUCAUGUACUGUCUGUCAUCUGUUGUUGGGAGUAAAACAUCUUGUUCAUAUACUGUCUGUCAUCUGUUGUUGGGAGUAAAACAUCUUGUUCAUGUACUGUCAUCUGUUGUUGGGAGUAAAACAUCUUGUUCAUGUACUGUCUGUCAUCUGUUGUUGAGAGUAAAACAUCUUGUUCAUGUACUGUCAUCUGUUGUUGGGAGUAAAACAUCUUGUUCAUAUACUGUCUGUCAUCUGUUGUUGGGAGUAAAACAUCUUGUUCAUAUACUGUCUGUCAUCUGUUGUUGGGAGUAAAACAUCUUGUUCAUGUACUGUCAUCUGUUGUUGUCACAUCUGCUUAAUGUUGCUAACCUAACAUCUACAGUGAUUGGGGAUCUUUCACUAUUCUACCUAUUUGACUUUAACUUGAGAAUAAAAGGUGUUGUUUAAAUAGUGUAA